AUGGCGAGCGGUGGGGCAGAACAGCAGGGUCCGGUGACGUGCGGGUCGUGGAUCCGACGGCCCGAAAGCGCCAAUUGGGCGGUGUUCGGGAGGUCCAGGCGUAAGGAUUCUUCUUCGUCGUCGUCUUCUUCACUUCUCGAGAUCUUCUCCUUCGACCCCAAGACUACUGCUCUCUCUUCCUCUCUCCUGACUACAUAUGUGCUUGAAGAAGUGGAGGGUGAGCCAGUUUCCAUUGCGGUGCACCCAACCGGAGACGAUAUCGUUUGCUCUACCUCUAAUGGUGGCUGCAAAUUGUUUGAGUUAUAUGGCCAAGAAUCAAAUGCAAAGCUGCUGGCAAAAGAACUAGCUCCUUUGAAGGGAAUUGGUCCACAGAAGUGUCUAGCUUUUAGUGUUGAUGGAUCUAAAUUGGCUACUGGUGGGGUGGAUGGGCAUUUGAGAAUUUUGGAGUGGCCAAGCCUCCGAAUAAUUUUAGAUGAACCAAGGGCGCACAAGUCUGUUCGUGAUUUGGAUUUCAGCCUAGACUCCGAGUUCUUAGCUUCAACAUCUACUGAUGGAGCAGCAAGGAUAUGGAAGAUGGAAGAUUGUGUUCCUUUGACUACUUUGACUCGCAACUCGGAUGAAAAGAUUGAACUCUGUCGGUUUUCUAAGGAUGCAACAAAACCCUUUCUAUUUUGCACUGUUCAAAGAGGUGAUAAAGCUUUCACCGCAGUUUGGGACAUAAGUACAUGGACUAAAAUUGGGCAUAAGAGGCUACUUAAAAAGUCUGCUUCCGUUAUGUCUGUCAGCAAGGAUGGGAAAUAUCUUGCUCUAGGAAGCAAAGAUGGAGAUAUUUGUGUGGUUGAAGUUAAGAAAAUGGAGAUUUGCCACUGGAGUAAGAGGCUACACCUGGGUACAUGCAUUGAAACUCUGGAGUUUUGUCCCACUGAAAGGGUUGUGCUCACUACUUCUAAUGAAUGGGGAGCUGUUGUAACUAAGUUAACUGUUCCAGCAGAUUGGAAAGAGUGGCAGAUCUAUAUGGUGCUUUUAGGACUGUUUUUAGCAUCCGCUGUCGCCUUUUACAUCUUCUUCGAGAACUCUGAUUCAUUUUGGAACUUCCCUCUUGGAAGAAAUCAACCAGCAAAACCGCACUUGGGAGCAUUUUUAAGAGAUUCAAAGUCUUCUGAUGACAGAAAUAUUUGGGGUCCAGUUGAUAUGUGA